AUGGCGGCCAUCCGGCGCGCAGCAGGGCGAGGCCCUGGCGGCGGGAAGGGAGCGAAGGGGAAGAAAGGGAAGUCUUUCCGCGCUGGAGGCGGGCCGAAAAAGCACGGGAAGUCGGCCGCGGGUUCCGCGGCGGGCGAGAAGAAGCUGGGCGUCAAAAAGCGAGGCAAGAAGCCGGGUUCUGCCUUCUCCGCAGACAGGAAGAAGGGUAAGGGGAAGCCUGGCCCCACGGCAAAGAAGGGACCCGAAGGCGGAAGAGGCAAAACGAAAGAGAACGUGCACCGGAAGGCGAAUGGCGACGAGCUGCGAGCGUGGGACGAAAAGCAGAACGCAGGCGGCAAGCAGUGCGACAGAAGAAAGAUGCACGCGGAGGGGAAGCCGUUUGCCAGCAAGGGGAAAGUUGGUACUCUGGCGGAGGGCGGCAAGACACUGGGGGAGACGCGGAAGGAGAGGGGCGACAAGAACGCGCCGUUGAAGAAGAAGAAGAAGUCGUUCGAAGAGCAACUCCAGGAGUUCUUGGACGAGCAAGAAGGUCGGACGAAGAAGAGAACCAGAGAGACAGAGCAAGGCGAUGCAUCCGUCCCUGAAGAGGAACGCCCAGCGCCGUCGGCACCCGACAGUAAAGCAGCGGAAGGCCACGAAGGGUCUGCGGGCGAAGGCAGCACCCAGCUGGGGUCGCUCUCCGUCAGCAAGAAGCGGAAACUGAUGAAUGAAAUGAAGUUGAGUCAUCGAAACGAAGACGCCGGAUACAUCAAACAGUGCUUCCGGUUGUAUGGACAGCUGCUAGCCGCGCGACCCGAGCAACAGAAUGCAGAUACGCCCGAGGUGGCGCAGCGUGUCAAGGCUCUCUUCGAUUUCGUUCUGCCUCGAGUCAAGGCUGGAGACCGCCAUCUCUGCACGUCUCGCGCGCUGCAGGCGCUUCUCAAACUCGGCAGCAAAACCCAGCGCCAGCAGCUGUGGGCGAUUCUCAAAGAGAAUUUCGCGGAGCUCUGCAUGGGGCGAACCAGUUGCCAAGUGGCGAUGAAGUUGUAUCUGUACGGCGAGAAGGAGACGCAAGAGGAGAUUUCUCGCCUUAUCUCUGGGAACAAAGACAUCUUCUUCUCCAAGUGCGGAGCUCGCGUGUGGGAAUACGUGUACACCGCGACCAAGUCGGCGAAAGGCCAGCAACAUCUGCUCAACGCCGUGAUGCUGCCGCCGCUCGCGAUCGUGAGACACCCCGACUUUCAGGCGGCCCCAAACUUCCCGUCCCUUUUCGAGAAAUUCAACGCGGAGACGCGCAAGCUGACGCUGGAGCACAUCUCUUCGGUGCUGCAGAAGUGCGUGGAUAAGGAGCUCCUCGACAAGGCGCCAGUUCAUCGCAUCCUCAAGUUCUUCACGCAACUGGCAGACGAAGCCCAGCUGACAGCGACGCUCCAGAUGACGCUGGAGGGCUUUCUGCGUCUCGCGUCCACCAAGGACGGCGUGGAAGCGAUGGUGCGUCUCCUCGGCUACGCAACGGCGAAGCAGCGAAAAAUCAUCGUGAAGGAGAUGAAGAAAGUGGUGGUGUCCAUGACGACGAACGCAGUGGACUACCUCCUCGUCCUCCGCAUUUUCUGCACCGUCGACGAUACAAAACUCGUUCGCGACUCGCUUAUCAAGGAGAUGACGAAGGACAUUGGCGGCAUCGCCUUCGACGCUCAAGGCUACCUCGUCCUUCUCCAGCUUCUCGAUACCUCUUCUGACGGCUCCAAGUACCUCCCUCCGCACGGCCGGCAAAUGCUGCAGCUCCCCAGUCCAACCAGCCUCAAGCCGCUGGACGCCCGCCUUCGCGAACUGCGCGACCCGAUCGUCGAAGCCCUCACGCGCGAGGUGGUUGAGAGCGCCGAGAAGCCUGACACGCCGACUGCGUCUCCGGAUAAAUGCCGAAAGCCGGCCGCGGGGAAGCGCGGAGCUCCGGAGGAUUUGGCGAGUGCGCAGGCUGAGGCGGAUGGAGCAGACGCAGGAGACAGUGCCGCUGAAAAGACAUCGAGUUCCUUCCAGGACUGGCUAGAGAAUCCGCACGCCUCGCGCGUCUUCCUCGAGUUGCUGAAGAUCACGAAAUGUCCGAAGAUCCUGCAGGCUCUUCUCGGCGCUCUCGGCAAGGACGAAGCGCAGUUGCGCGGCUUAGUCGAUCAUCCGCGCACGCAGCGGCUGCUGUGCAACCUCGUCAAGCACGCAGACGAGACGUGGAAAAUGGCGGAAGACGGCGAAGACGCGAAUUCGUCCUUCGUUGAGGCGCUGUGGCGCGUGUUAGAGCCUCACGUGGCCAUGGUACUGGCUUCUCGCGGCGUUUUCGUGGCGACAGACGUUCUCCAGGCAGCACGUCGGUUGAACGACCAGAAGCUCGCGGAGCAGAUGGUCAGAGUACUUGGAGGAGAUGCCCUGAAGCAGGCGCGUCAAAACGCUCAGACCCAGGGUCUAUCGACUGCGGGACUAGAUGUCCUUUCCUCCAAGCUCACGGAAUGUUGA